CUAGAGGAUGAAAUUGAAGAUGAAACAACUAUUCAUGAUGAACAAAAUUAUAAUCAUAUUCCGCAAGCUUCAUUGUACACUAAUAUUUCCCAUAAAAAUGAUUGGGUUGAAUAUUGUUUACCUUAUAAAAUUGUUGUUCCUGAGAGAAAAGUAGUAGAUGGUAAAUUGGUAUAUCAUGAUGUUGGUCUUAAAAUUCAUAAUCAUGUUGGAUCCAUGAAAUCUGGUUUG